AUGGCGCAAUACAAGGACAAGCCAGUGCGGUUCUAUACAGGCAGCCUAUGGAAGAAGCUGCGCGUGUACAUUGUGGGGUGUGUGGGCCUGAUUGUCAUGGUCCAACUGUGGAGUUUGCGUCGCCGAGGUGGGAGCGCUGGCUUCAAAGGACGUGAACGGCGAGCCGACACCGCGACGACCUACGACGUGUUGGCGGACAUUUUGCACUUGAAUAACUUGAAUGAAGUGUGCUUCCACGAGAAGGAAGCCGUGAUCUCGUACGGGUACAACAGCACGGCCGUUGACGCGUCCUUGCUGCUCCAUCCGUCCACCGACCACGCAGUCCUCAUCCAGUUCCUGUCUCAAUGCCCAGAUGUGGACAUCUACCUUCCACCUGGACUGCGCAAUCACGGGUAUUGCGAAGAUGGGAUGGUGUAUGUGAAAUUCCUUAAAGCGAGAGCGCUACCUCGUUGGGUGUUUGAUAUGGAGCUCCAGCACAAAGGCCAAUCGCUGUCGUAUUUUGACCUGUGUCCCCACACAGCACUGCUGUUUAUGAACCAUUACUUUGACGGAAUUCCAGACCUCUCGACAUUUCCACCGCACAAGAAAAUUGUGCUCAUGCCAAAUGUCGAAAUGUACGAGCUCGAAGCAUCCCAUUACCGUCGCGUCGACUAUGUUCUUGCUAAAACAUUCGACGGGUUCCAGCGCAUCACUGCGUGGUAUGCCCGAGAAGGCAACCCACGGCAGACCAAAGUGUUUUACACACAGCAUGUAUCGUCUGACCCGACCCAAGCCGCCCGCCAUGCCCCAAAUGUCCAUAUCGAGCCUCGAGAUUUCUCCAACUUGCGCUUCUUCCACGCCAACGGCCACAGCACGGAGAAAAUGACAUACCAGUUGAUCGAAUGCUGGUCCCGCCGGCCAGAUUUCCCCCGUUUGGACGUGUAUUCGAUGGACGAACGCAGUCGCGAAGCCUUCGACCGAUUUUUCAAAGAUAAACCCGCUGGCAACUUACGAUACCACUGGGGUCAAGACGUGGACGUGGUCGAGUUUGGCCGACUCAUGGCCCAAGUGCCCGUGAUCUUGUGUCCCAGUGGCAUGGAGGGAUUCGGCCACUAUAUCAACCAAGCGCGCGCAUCUGGCGCGCUCGUGGCCACGACAAACGCUGCUCCCAUGAACGAACUCAUCGAUGCCGACUCGGGCGUGCUGAUCGACGGCAACCUCUGGACUGCGGACGCGCCGUAUGAGCGUUAUAUAUACGUGCAUGAUGCAAAGUGAUGUUGGUGUAUAUUUUUUCAUAGAAAACAAGUGAUGGCGCAAGGCUACCGCAUUUUCCGCGAAGGGUUCUUUAGGGAAGGCAUGGAGUACAUGGUUCAUCCAGAGAAUAUCUGUGCCGCCGUUGAUUACAUUAUGUCGCUCACGCCGGCCCAGCGUGCCGAGAAGGCGCAAAAUGGCCAGCGCCGGUACUUGGCCCAGUUUCAAACAUUCCGCACCAACAUGAACGCGUUUCGGAAACAGUUGCUCUUGGACGUCCACGGUGACAUAUAAGAAGUAGCGGACAAGAAUUGAGUGGCUAAAAUAAAUACUAUAGUUGUUUUCACCCAAA